UAUUAACAACAUAGGCAGUCAACAAGAAUAAAAGGUUGUUCUUGAUGCAACGGUUUUCUCGCCCUCGAACAGUCGUCUCUUGCAGGUCUCCUUCUUUUUGAGGGGUUCGCUGUUGAUCAAUAACAUUAUCUUCGUAACAAGAACUAUGCCGAGACUUUCACCCAAGCUUGAAAAUUUUUUUCAUCCGAAGUUAAUAUAUUGAGCUUGAAUGAAGUUGAACUAUCAAUCACGCACAUGGUUUUAUUCGACUAGUGGUAGCGACGAAAGAACGCAACGUGCGAGCUACUUGGGCGGCUCCUCCGGAGGCGAGCCGCGGGCUAGAUAACCACCACUUCCUCGCGGAGUGCGUCUCUUCUCCCGACGGUGCGGUGGACACAUACGCUACGACACCUUCCUCCCCAUCCUCUUUGCAGUGCCAUCGGUUUUCCAGAUCCAGACUCUACCAUCACCAACUUUGUGCCGAUUUCCAUCUUCUCAGACACAGGCGGGCUUACGCCCUUACUCAGAUUUCAGGCUGCUAUUAUAUAGUUUGCACUUCCAAUAGGGAGGCGUCUCUCACUGCUCUUUAUCAUUGCAGCGUGAUCUGUAUGCUGAUGGAAAUGCAUCACAAAUGCGGUUCUCCGGGCGCGACGAUGAAGAUCUUCGAUGAAGUGACUGCUCUACCCGGAAGGGAAAAAAAAUUAGUUCUAAAAAAUUUAGCUUAUGCGAUCAACAGGCUCGAAGAUUCGUCUUCGGAAGUCAAUUUCAGCACGCCUUUCAUUAAGUCCCCUAGGGUCUGGUCUUCUAAUCCAGGCGGUAGAAAACAUUUCGUGCUUGGCUUCUAAACGAGUUUUCUUGCCUCUCGGCGGUAGUCCGUCUAAUAAAUAGUCCCAAUUACUAGGUGGCGCCGCUUGUGGCUGUCACGAGGUGGCUCGCACCUCCCCGGAGUGAGAGAGGGUUCGUUACCGGGUUUCAGUACCUUCCGUCUGGCCUGGGCUCCUGGUGGCUGCUUCCACCGUCGGGGAGCAUAAAAACACUAAACAUAAGUCAUUGGCCACUGGGUCUCUGUGACGCCGUGCCUGCGCGCACCAUCAGAAGUGCGUUGGUGCCAAUCGUGUUUCCACGUGUGCCAUCAGAAGUGCACCGAAUCACGAGGGUACUACUACUACUACUACAUUUAUUUUGUAGCCUAUCUAUGCAGUUGUAGUUCUUGUUCUCCCCCAGCCAUCCUGGCAAGAAGUGAGUAAAAUGUCCGCCGAAGCCACCAGUUCGAACAACAAUUGGCUCUACGCCAUUUUCCUCUCCCUCUGCGGGUCCUUUUUGACAAAUCUGGGGCUGGUCCUGCAGAAAUGGAGCCUCUUGAACCGCGAAGGAAAUAACGCGGUACCAAGCCGUGCGGCACCGGAUGAAGUAGCGAAAAAUGCACAAGGAAAUAUUAAGAACACGGACUUACAUGGCAAAGCAGAUAGCGUUCUCGAACAGGACUUGAAGCGGCAGGCGAGCAGCAUUCUGAAACAGCCGGUAUGGCUCCUUGGUUUGGCGAUUUUUCUUUCCGGCCAGGGCCUGCACGGAGUCGCGUUUGCCAUCGGACCGCAGUCGAUCUUGGGGGCGCUGGCACCGUUUUCUCUCCUGACCAACUUCGUCCUCGCGCCGUGCAUUUUAGGGGAAACACUGGUAUUGAUACUGCAUAAUUUCAUGAUGUUCCACCUGUUUUGCCUGCUCGUUUGGCUUCAUCACUGAGUGAUGCUUGUCGCGUGCUACAUCCCUUCUCAACGCGGACAGCACUUCUUACGUGAACACCACACCAUGAUAAUCUAUCAGAUCCGCCUCCAUUUCUUCGUCGCUGUCUUCCUAAUUUCCGCCACCGCGCUGAUCUCGCUGCACAGUAUUGAGCCACCGGAUGAACACGCGCGCAACGUGGACGCGACGCAGCUGGCGGAGAAUUUCCUACACCCCCUCUUCCUCAGUCUCUUUCUCGCCUGCGUCGUGUUGAUUGCAACCGUUGGUGUGCGGGUGUUUCGAGAGGUUCUCAACAAGGAAAGUGGUCGUGUGCAGCCGCAGGCUGCUACGGUAGUGGGGGAGGAGAAGUUCUCGCCACCGGUUGUAACAGUGCUUGUUCCUGUGGAAAAGAAUAUCAGUGAACAAAACGCGACGCAGCAGGAUUUAGGAACGCCUGAGCACGUGACAACAUUGGGCCUGCCAGCGUCGGCCAUGCGGAUCAAGAGCAAAGGCGAAGUAGAGGACUACACGCCGGACAAAGUAGUUUUACGAAGCACUUGCGAUUUCCUAGGCGGAGUCGCGACGGCGUACACCUCCCCGGACCACUGGGUUGCGAAUUCUUUCAGAACAAGGACCACAGCACACGCAGCCAGGGCGGAAGAAAGUUAUCUCGGCGGAGGUUCUACAUCUACUAGCAUGUUGGCAGAGCUGCAUGACGAGAAAGACAACAGCAGUUCAAAGACAGCUGCAGUACAACACAAACAUCACAGCAGCUCGUCCAAUUUCCUGACAAGAAAUUUUCAUGCUUCACACGGGGGAAAAGAACUGAACAGCCACUGCUCGUGGUACAUGAAAAGUAUCGUGGAGACAGUUCCAGUGGAAGCAGUACGCGCUCGGGCGCAUCGUUGUUGUCAGAUACAGAAGAUGCGGAGGAAAACUACCACCAGGAAGGCAAUAGACAAGUAG